GGUGGGACUCGUGCGUAGUUUAGUCGGGAGCGCGCCUGGUUGCGCGUCACAAGCAGAGUGAAUGGAGAGAAAGUGAGCGGACGUACUGCUGCUAAAGGACGAAGCAACACCCAGCCGGACAAGCAGCACCUGAAGCCGCCCUGCACUUGUCUUCAGACACAACCGACCAACUCUUCAAUUCUUAUUAAAUAUGUCUAAUAUCGUCUGCUGUCAAACGCCUCAGGUUAUAAUGCAUGACCAACACAGAAUAAGUACAACUCUAUAGCCAACGGGUUCACGAGGACUUGAUUACAGUCGCUUCAAGCCUGAUAGUUUGCUGGGGUGGAAGCCCUCCCUCUCCCUUGUGCUGCCACCUGUGUUGUCAACUGGCAUUUCUUCUGACAACUUUCCCAUCCCGCUCCUUGAGUGAAGAAGACCGGAGUCUCCCUGGAAUCUCUUGUCUUCUUUGCCUGUUGCCUACCUUCAGUUCCUGUUCUACUCUUGUAGUGCCGCUUCCCUGAAUUUGAUUUAUUCUCUAUUAGGCAGACCAACCAAAUUCAGCCAAAAUGAUUCCGAAUGGUUAUCUGAUCUUUGAGGACGAGAGUUUCCUGGAUUCCACUGUGGCCAAAAUGAACGCCUUGAGAAAGAGUGGUCAAUUCUGCGAUGUUAGACUGCAGGUAUGUGGCCAUGAGUUGAUGGCCCAUCGUGCUGUGCUGGCUUGCUGCAGUCCAUACUUGUUUGAGAUCUUCAACAGUGACAUUGAACCUCAUGGAGUGUCUCAUGUCACCUUUGAGGACUUGGACCCAGAGGCUGUGGAGAUCUUGCUCAACUAUGCCUACACUGCCCAGCUUAAGGCAGAUAAGGAGUUGGUCAAGGAUGUUUACACUGCUGCCAAAAGGUUCAAGAUGGAGCGAGUCAAGCAGAUUUGCGGUGACUACCUGUUGUCUAAGAUGGAUUCGCAGAAUGCCAUUUCUUUUCGCAACUUUGCCAGCUCAAUGGCGGAUGCCAGAGUUUUGACCAAAGUGGAUGCCUACAUCCAAGACCAUCUAGUUGAGGUUUCUGAACAGGAUGACUUCCUCAAACUUCCCCGCCUCAAGUUGGAAGUAAUGCUAGAAGACAACCUGACUCUGCCCAGCAAUGGCAAGCUUUACGCAAAGGUGCUAAACUGGGUGCAGCGUAGCCUCUGGGAGAAUGGAGAGCAACUGGAACAACUCAUGGAGGAGGUGCAAAUGCUGUACUACUCACCUGAUCACAAGUUGGUGGAUGGAGGGCUGAUGAUUGAGGGGCACACUGAGGUGUUUGGUGGCGAGGAGGACCACCUUCAGUUUGUGCAGAAGAAGCCGGUACGAGAGAGCACCCAGAGACCGAUGAGCUGCAGUUCCUCAGGAAGCCUUUCACCCUCCAACCAAGCAGCAAAUGCCCCCAAACAAACCACGAGGAGAGAGUGGAAGUAUAUUGCCUCUGAGAAGACUACAAACAACACCUACCUGUGUCUGGCUGUGCUGGACGGUGUGUUGUGUGUGAUCUUCUUGCACGGCCGCAGCAGCCCCCAGACCUCUCCCUCUGCGACUCCUUGCCUGCUGAAGAGUCUCAGCUUUGAGGCCCACCCCGAGGAGCUGGAGGAGCACCUGCUGUCACCCAUGCGUUACGCUCGCUCUGGCCUGGGCACCGCAGCCCUCAACUCCAGGCUCAUCGCAGCAGGCGGCUACAACCGAGAGGAAUGUCUGAGGACUGUAGAGUGUUACGACCCCAAAGAGGACCGCUGGACCUUCAUAGCGCCCAUGCGAACUCCAAGGGCUCGUUUCCAAAUGGCUGUGCUGAUGGGACAGCUCUAUGUGAUCGGCGGUUCAAACGGACAUUCCGAUGAGCUGAGCUGUGGGGAGAUGUACGAUCCACUCGCCGACGAGUGGGCUCAGGUGCCCGAGCUCAGGACAAACCGCUGCAAUGCAGGCGUCUGCUCCUUGAACAACAAACUCUACGUUGUGGGAGGGUCAGACCCCUGUGGGCAAAAAGGACUGAAGAACUGUGAUGCCUUUGACCCAGUCACCAAAACCUGGUCAAGCUGUGCCCCCCUCAACAUCAGGCGGCACCAGGCUGCGUUGUGCGAGUUGGAUGGCUUUAUGUACGUGAUUGGAGGGGCCGAGUCCUGGAACUGCCUGAACACCGUGGAACGCUACAACCCUGAGAACAACACCUGGAGCCUAAUAGCACCCAUGAAUGUGGCCCGCAGGGGGGCCGGUGUGGCCGUCUAUGCCGGCAAACUUUUUGUCGUCGGCGGCUUCGACGGCUCCCACGCGCUCCGCUGUGUGGAGGUCUACGACCCGGCUCGAAAUGAGUGGCGAAUGCUAGGCAGCAUGACCACAUCCCGCAGCAAUGCGGGCGUGGUCAUGCUGGGCGACACGAUCUACGCCGUGGGUGGCUUCGACGGGAAUGACUUCCUGAACACAAUGGAGGUGUACAACCCUGAGGCGGACAAGUGGAGCGACUGCAUCAAGGUCCUCUUCCCAUUUUCGGAGUGACAGCGCUAUACCCUUUUUCAAACUAACAGGCUUAAAGUGACAUAAUCGUGUUUCGUGAUAUCCUGUGUGUGUGUGUGUGUGUGUGUGUUGAGUGGAUGUUUGGGUGGGAGGGGAAGGUGGAUCCUGGUCGAGGGGUCUUCAGUGAAGACUGUCUUAUUAUGCGGGGUGGGGCUUGUUGCCCAAAGCAACACGAAUGAAGCCUUUUCAUAAUGCGUACAUUGUUCUACGUGCUGUACAUAUUGUUUGUCAUAUGCCAACAUUUAUUACACACCUAGUGCUUUUCUUUUUCUCUUUAAGACUUGAAACUUUUUUUUUUUUCUUUUUGCGUGACUACUGGUCACUCAAAAAGUGCAAGUGUGAUGAGAAUUGGAAGUUUUGUUUGUCAUUUUCCUCACAUACUAAAGUGGAUGAUAUGGAGCCUUAUGAUUUAAAACCUAGUUUCUCAUUUUAAACAAUCUGGUUUGUGUUUGGAAUCUUGAAUGGCCUUUUUAUAUUUUUUAUACACUAGAUUUCUCAAAAAUAGUAGCAGACAGCUAGUCAUCAACCAGUGCCAGUUUGAGUUAACCUUUUCUGUGCUCGGGUCACAUGCACAGCCAGGCUUCUCACUAAACAUUAGUUUUUGUUUUAUAAUGUAAGUGGCUGCAGUUACUGAAAACAUGUUUGCUUUGGUGUUUGUGUCAAGCAAUGACAGAUUUUUCUGGAAGGAGAGUUAAGAAUCAAGACUGUCACAUUUGUAAUAUUUCUUAAUAAAUCAUUUCAAUUGAA